UAUAGUUUUUGCAGUCAACGAUCAACGAUCAACAUGUGUAAGAUCAACCUUCUGUGCGCAUUAACCGUGUGGUGUACCAUCGUUGGUACUUCAAGCAUGAUUCAAGACAUUCCGCAGCAACAGCAACAACAAACCGAAAACCAGUUAUGUGAUCAGAGCUGUCAGAUAGUCACACCGCAACAGAACAUCACGCAGAAUCCGCAUGAUAAAGUGUACAGAACCUGUGGAGAGGUUCCCUCUUCGGGCGUAUACACCAUACAACCGGAAAAACCCUUCAAGCAACCGAUGAGCGUGUUGUGUGAUCAAAAGUACGAUUCUGGCAGAUGGACCGUGAUUCAGCAUCGGUUCAAUGGAUCCACAAACUUCUAUCGCAAUUGGAAAGAGUACAAGAACGGGUUUGGAAAUCUGGACGGUGAGUUCUGGCUGGGCUUGGAUCGUAUUUAUCAGCUGACAGUAUCGAGUCGACAUGAGUUGGUGGUGGUGCUGGAAGAUUUCGAUAAAAAGAAAGUGUUCGCCAAGUACGAUAAAUUCGAGAUUGGAGACGAGAACGAAAAAUAUGCACUCAAAAAUCUGGGACGAUAUUCGGGAACGGCUGGCGAUUCAUUACUUUACAGCAAAAGAAUGAAAUUUUCAACAUUCGAUGCGGAUAAUGACGGCUCGCCGGUAAAGGACAGACACUGUGCAGUCGAAUUUGCUGGAGCCUGGUGGUAUUAUAAUUGUCAUAUGUGCAAUCUCAAUGGAAAAUAUCUUCGAGGAAACACAACCGAAUAUGCUACUGGGAUGGUAUGGACCACCUUUCGACAAUAUUAUUACUCACUUAAAUCUUCAAAAAUGAUGAUAAGACCAAAGCUUUAA